AUGGUCCGCUCGAAGUGUUGGAUGUUUACCGGUAAUAAGAAAAAGACUAAAAGCAGUAAAAAGAGUAAGAAAAAGGACAGGAAUAAGAAUAAUAACAAUAAUAACGCCAAUAAUAUUAGCGGUAUGUCUGUCGACCCGAACAAUGCCUUCACUGGCUAUCAAUACCCGAAUCAACAGCAAUACCAGAAUACUUACCACAACUCAAACCCAUAUCUAAUGCCCCAAAGUAUUGGUCAUCACAACCAAACACCGCAAGAGUCGCAACAGACUCAUAACGUGAUACCAAACGACACCAACGGUGACAACAGCCACACAAACGCCAAUUCUUGUUACGAUAUGCAAUACCAACACUUAACACAACAGGUUUCGCAACAACAGCAACAGCAGUCCCAACAACAACAACAACAACAGCUGUCUUCACACACCACACAACCAGAACACGAUUUGAUGCAACAGUUGCCUCACGAACCGCUCCAUCAAACAGUACAACAAACACAAGAGCAUCAGAUGAUGGAACCGGUGAUGUCGAUGGUAUCGCAACAACAACAAGUUGUCAACUGUGUUUGCGUCAGGUUAAAUCACUUGCUUUUCGUUAGCAAAGGGUGCUUGCCAAACAUGAAUAACACGAGCGUUCAGUUGGAGACUCAGUCGCCGCUCGUUAUUAACCAGACGUCGAACAUCUGUUCCGAUCGAUCGAAUGCCGCGAACCUAUCGCCCAAUAACUCGAACCACGGAAACAGCAAUUCGUCUCAACCGUCGGGUUAUCUCAAGAGUUACAUGACUUUCAUAAACUCUCCGAAUCCACAGUCGCUUCUCAAAGAGAAGAAGAAGAAGAAACUGAAAGAGUCGAACGAAAAUAAGAUCAAACAAAAUCAUAAUACAGUUAACGGACAGAAAUCGAGUAAACAUAAGAAACCCAAACACGAGGACAGCUAUGAAUGCAAUGACGAAGAGUUGUCCGAUUUUGACCACAAAAAGAAUAACUUUUCGGCAAUCAAUGAAAAUACGCCCAAAUUUAUGAGCGGAGAAAACAUUGGACUCAAGAAGUCCACAACCGGUGACCGCGAGAACUACGAAAGCAAAUUCUUCAAGAGAAGGCCGUCGACUAAUAUCAAUACAAAUAACGUUCAUAUCAUUGAAAUGGAGUCACGAAAGGAAGUGAAGAACGGAAAGAAGCGGAAGAAUAAGUUUGAUUUCAAUAUGUUUUCAAAUGAUUCGCAGCAAAAGCACGACGAAUACGAGUUCCCCGACAGUCCGCCCAACACUCACUCCAUGAAGAAGAGCCGAAAGUCCAGCACUUCUGACAAUUCGAGCAAAAAGAAAACGACAGCAGAAUUCGAGAAAAUCACUUCUCCUUCGGUUAACAUUAACAUCAAGAAGAAUACCAACAAAAAGAGUGUUACAACUAAUGUGCCCAAUGCUGUCAAACCCAAUCUGACCACCAGCUCUACCGAAUCGAUUGAAAUUAGUAUUAAUUCAGUUGCACUCAACACCGGUUUGACGCAAACCAAUGACAAUCAAUCGGAACAAUUAGUACAACCAAUACUAUGUCCCGAAACGGUUAAAGUGGAGCCAAUGGUUAACACUUCCUCCCAAUCAGUUCCCAAUCCUCCAGUUGUCAACAAUAAGAAACCGAACUCAUCAUCAAAUCAAACAAAUAAUAAAAAACAAACUCAAAAUCAAUCCAUAAACAGGAAAUCGCCAAAUGUUAAGACAAGUCCGACGACAGCCACACCAUUAAACACAUCGACGGUUGCCAUCGAACACAUCCUAUCGCCCGUUCAAACGACGCCCAUCUCUAAUAACAUAAACAAUACAAUCAUUUCUAUGAGCACCUCAUCGACGACCACAACAACACCUCCAACGCCAACAACUACUUCAAGUGCACCAAUCGUUACAAAUAAUUGUAAUUCAAACCAACUGUCGGUUGGUAUGCAAAGCGCCGGAACUAAUACUCCUCGACGACGAUCUCAAGACAAGAAGGCGUCCACUAUUCGGGAGGGAAUGAUGAGAACCGGAGAUUUUGUUGUUUCUAUCGAUGAAUCACAAUAUGAUUUACCCGUCAUUUGGAGAAUUGAAGGGAAAAGUUUGCUCCAGAGGUUUGAACCACAAGAACAAGAAGACAUCACUGUAUAUAUCAAUACUUCAUCGUACUCGGCUUGGAAUCCGACAGUUAGGCAACGCUAUACCGGUGUAGACGUCCGAGUGAUGGGAUGCAGUCGGACCAGAAUUGUGGUCGAAAAGCUAGGUCUCACUCAAGCAAAUCCCAACACUGUUAAUGGUUUGGCAUCUAUCGAAAGGGUUGGCGCUAAUAAUAAAGCUAAUGCAUCGCAAAUGACACCCAAUAACUCAUUUCAUAAUCAAGAGAACUUUGAAGUCUUUAUUCAAACACUCAUUAGUCAAGCAUUGGAUCCGAAUUUCAUUUCAGAGAUUGUUAAAGAAAAUGAUGAUUACUUCUUAUCACACGUUCAGGCGAUAGACGACAUGUGUUCGCGAAAGAAGUCGCGUUUCUUCUCCAAAAUCAAAUGGGACGCCAAUAUUGUAAAGUGUGUCGAGACUUAUCCGCUCUUCACAGUCACCGCUCAGAACAAUGUCGGAGAUCUUCGGUGUCGGUUAUGUCACGACAACUGGAGUACUCAGAUAAUGCAGUUCAACGGCGAGCCAUACAAUCAGAUGACUCUUGAGCCGCAAUUGGGCGUCGAUUUGAAGCAAACGAAAUACGCGGCGUGCGAUCCGUGCACUGAAAAGAUUGUAUUAUAUUCUCAUUUACAUCAUCAGAAAAACAACUUCUUCUCCAAAUGCAAAUCUAAAGUGGACAGCAUCAGAGGCGGUGAUGAAAGCAAAGAAUCACAUGUGAUAUUAGAACUGUGUCUUCAAGACAGUGAUUGGAUUAAUACGCUGUUUAAAGAAUUGGAAGAGAUUUGGAAUGGAGGGGUAGUCGACGCUCGCGGCCAGAAAGUCGGCUUUUAUCCAGAAGUGCCCGAAGUUUUGAAAACGCUGUUUUCAAUGGGGUAUACAAUAGGAAUCGCCUCUCGGACUUCAGCGCCAGAAGACGCGGAAGAAUUGCUGUCAUUAUUUGAUUGGAAUAAAUACAUCACUUAUAAGCAAAUAUAUCCGGGAUGUAAGACAACUCACUUCAACCGCAUUCGCAAAGAAAGUGGAGUCCAAUUGUCACAAAUGCUCUUCUUUGACGACGAGUCCAGAAAUAUAAAAGAUCUUAAGGCCGUUGGAGUGACCAGUAUUUUAGUCAACAAAGGGGUCGAUAAAGUUGUCAUUAAUGAAGGCAUCAAACAAUUUGUUACAGAAAAACAAUGAUAUUAAAUGAUUUAUUAUUUAUUUAAAUAAAGAU